AUGGCUUCCAAACACAUUUUCCCUUGUCUUGCUAUUUUCCUUUGCUUUAACCUUUUCUUUGCCUUAGUUUCUAGUUGUGGCACUUGUCCUAAACCUAAACCAAAACCAAAGCCAUCAUGCCCACCACCACCUUAUUAUCCUAAAGAAACUUGUCCAAUUGAUACACUUAAGUUAGGUGUUUGUGCUGAUGUUCUUGGAUUAGUAAAUGUUAUUGUUGGCUCACCACCAGUAACUCCAUGUUGUAGUCUUCUUUCUGGACUUGCUAAUGCUGAAGCUGCUAUUUGUCUUUGUACUGCUCUUAAGGCUAAUAUUUUGGGGAUUAACCUUAAUCUCCCUAUUUCACUUAGUUUGCUUCUUAAUGUUUGCUCUAAAGAAGCUCCUGCUGGCUUCCAAUGCUCUUAA